AUGGAGUAAGUAUAUUACAAAUAUCUCUGCAUCCAUAAUCUUUUUCAUAAUAUUAAUUAGCUGGGCAGGGUGGGCAAAUGUUGUUUGUAGGUAAUCCAUAAUAACAUCUUAUACAUUAAUUAAAUUUUGGUCCUGUGCAUUAUUUACAAGAUGGGUAACAUAUGGGACCUGAAAUAAAUAUAUUUCUAAUUGAAACUUAUCCAUCAUUUGUAUUUGAUGAAGUAAACUACAACUUACCAUAACUUAUAUUAGGAAUUUCAAUUAUAAAUUAAACAGUUCUAAUUUGAUAAGCAAUAUCAUCACAAAAUCCAGUCGUCAUUUCGUAAUUUGUAGGAGAAGUAUAUUGGUAUAAGUAUUAAAAUGAGUUUAUCGUAAAAGUAACAGUUUCAGAUAACCAUGUACCUUGAAAAUAUAAAUCCACAGCCAAAAAAUACCCGUUAUUAAAUGUUCUACUAUAAUCAUAUUCGGCUGAUGGAUAACUACUAUUUAGAGUAAUAUAGCAUGUAUAAGGUAUAGAACAAGAUAUAAAAUUUGCUAGUCCUUGAUUGGAUGGCAAUUUAAAUCCUUACGAAGAAUAAGUUAUUUUUGAUUCAUUGA